UGAUUUGUAGUUUUGCCAUGUUCUUUUUCCAUCGUUCUUUUGUACGUCAAAAUCGUUAAAAGUGAGUUUGCAUUUUUAAAGCAAGAAGCCGGGUGUGUAACAACAUUUUAUUUAAGACUUAUUUAGAUUCAAAUUUAUUGGAGGAUCGCAAACACUAUGGCAGCUCAACAGCAGCUCAAUAUGGAUGAUGAGCGCAUUAAAGCGUUAACCAAUUACCGCAAAAAGCUGCUUGAACACCGCGAGAUCGAGGCGCGUUUGAAAGCACUGCGUGACAAUUACAAAGUUCUCAAUACCAAAUUUGAGAAGUCUGAAGAGGAUCUAAAAGCACUGCAAAGUGUGGGCCAAAUGCUGGGCGAGAUAUUAAAGCAAUUGACACCUGACAAUUACAUUGUGAAGUCCUCAAAUGGUCCGCGCUAUGUUGUCGGCUGUCGGCGUCAAAUCAACAAAGACCGCCUCAAAACGGGCACGCGUGUGGCAUUGGAUGUGACCACAUUAACGAUAAUGCGUUAUCUGCCACGUGAAGUGGAUCCAUUGGUCUACAACAUGACGCACGAGGAUCCUGGCAAUGUGAAUUACGCAGAGAUUGGCGGUCUCAGCGAGCAGAUUCGCGAGUUACGCGAGGUAAUUGAGCUGCCCCUGAUGAAUCCUGAUUUAUUCUUGCGUGUUGGCAUUAAUCCGCCCAAGGGCUGCUUGCUGUAUGGGCCACCUGGCACAGGCAAGACAUUAUUAGCUCGAGCGAUCGCCUCACAGCUUGAGGCCAACUUCCUGAAGGUCGUCUCGUCGGCCAUCGUGGACAAAUAUAUAGGGGAGAGUGCUCGCCUUAUUCGCGAAAUGUUUGCAUAUGCUCGCGACCAUCAACCCUGCAUCAUCUUCAUGGAUGAAAUCGAUGCAAUCGGCGGACGUCGUUUCUCGGAGGGUACCUCCGCCGAUCGGGAAAUUCAGCGAACUUUGAUGGAGCUCCUUAACCAAAUGGACGGCUUCGAUGCUCUUGGCCAAGUAAAAAUUAUAAUGGCUACCAAUCGUCCUGAUACACUUGACCCGGCCUUGCUGCGCCCCGGUCGAUUGGAUCGCAAACUCGAAAUUCCAUUGCCAAACGAAAUGGCUCGCAUGGAUAUAUUGAAGAUACACGCAGCUCCACUAUCCAAGCACGGUGACAUCGACUACGAAGCGGUUGUUAAACUUUCAGAUCAGUUUAACGGUGCUGAUCUGCGCAACAUUUGUACUGAAGCGGGCCUUUUUGCUCUGCGCGCUGAUCGCGAGCACAUUAUUCAAGAGGACCUGAUGAAGGCCGUGCGCAAAAUAGCAGACAACAAGAAGCUUGAGACCAGUCUGGAUUACAAGCCCAUCUAAGUGGAGCUCACCAUUGGAGUUUCUUAAUCCCGUUCUUUAUAUCAUAUGGUCUCUGCAAUAAAUAUUUAAUAUGUUGCAGUUCAA